GCCCCGGCUGUGACCCGGCCCGGCUGUGACCCGGCCCGGCCCGGCCCGGCCAUGCUGUGCCACGGCGAGGGCCUGCUGAGCUCCCUGACGGCUCUGAUGGCGCUGGCGCUGGCGCUGAGCCGCAGCCCGGCGCUGGCCUGCCUGCUGCCGGCCGGCCUUUACCUGGCGCUGCACCUCUUGGCGCUGGAGCCCGCGGCGCCCCAGAGCGCGCAGCGCGUCCUGCGGCCCCGCGGCGCCGCCGCCCGCAUCGCGCACCGCGGCGGAGCGCACGACGCGCCCGAGAACACGCUGGCCGCCAUCCGACAGGCAGCUGAGAAUGGAGCAACGGGUGUGGAGCUGGACCUUGAAUUUAGUGCAGAUGGUGUCCCCAUUCUCAUGCACGAUGACACAGUUGAAAGGACAACUGAUGGGGCUGGGAGACUGCGGGACCUGACUUUUGAGGAAAUCAGGAAGCUUAACCCAUCUGCAAAACACAGGCUACGGAGCCAGUUCCAGGAUGAAAAGGUGCCAACUCUGAGAGAAGCUGUUGUGGAGUCUAUGCAUCACAAUCUUACAAUCUACUUUGAUGUCAAAGGCCAUGCAAAUCAGGCAGUUGAUGCCCUGAAACAACUCUACCAGGAAUUUCCACAGUUGUAUAACAGCAGCAUUGUCUGUUCUUUCAUGCCAGAUGUUGUUUAUAAGAUGAGACAAGCUGACAGAAAUGUUGUGACAGCACUGACCCACAGGCCCUGGCAGCUGAGUCACCUGGGAGAUGGGACACCCCGAUUCAGUUCCUUCUGGAAGCAUUUCCUGUACAUGGUGAUGGAUGUCGUUCUGGACUGGAGCCUGCACAGUUUCUUGUGGCGAUUGUGUGGGGUUUCAGCUUUCCUCAUACAGAAAAAUUUUGUUUCUCAGGACUAUGUGAGGCACUGGUCUUCCCGAGGAAUUCGAGUGGUUGCCUGGACAGUGAACACAUUUGCAGAGAAGAGCUACUACGAAAGUGUCCUUGACUGCAGCUACAUCACCGACAGCUUGGUGGAGGACUGUGACCCCCACUACUGAGCCAGCCCGGGCACCCUGCCCUGCUGGGGCAGGGCUGCAGCCACGGGGGCAUCCAGCAGUGCUGAGGGACUGCUGAGGACAGCUCUGGGAAAGGCAGAGCAGCACUUGGCUUCUGCCUGUGGUCACAUCUCAAAUGCAGGAACCUUCUGGUGCAGCCACAGAGUCUGAGGAAAUCACUGUACUGUGAGAGAAUCAGAUUUGACAACCCAGUUGGGCCACAGCUUGUCUGUGCUGCUGGCUUUAUAAUUCUCUGGCAAUUCUUUGGCUUUGUUGAAAUUUUGGUUCUAAAUUUUGGUGUCAGCAAUUUUGGUGUCAAAGUUUCAAAUCAUAAGUUGAUGUUAGUAAUUUUAACAGCAUGUCCUACAAGUGUAUACUAAUUUGAGGUUGAUUUAUAGCACCUUAAGGUCAUUUACAUUACUGUUCUUAAAACAGAAACUGGAAAUAAUGGUACAAUGGUGCCAAAAUAGCAGAUGAGUAUAUUUCCCUGCCCUGUGUGGAAAGAUGGCUGUGCUGAAUCCUGAUGAGGAAGAAAAAGCCAGCUUUCCAUGCGUGAUGUGAUGUGAAGGUUAUGAGAAUUAACAAAUAAAACUUGAGUAGCUUCUUAUCUUCCAGACCUUUUAAGAGAAUCAGUGGAGGAUAGGAAAUUGUUUCUUCUAAUGAAGAAAAAACACAGCACAUGAAUGUAUUUAUUUUUAAGAUAAAGCUAUGUAUUGAGUGCUGGUAAGCAGUAGAACAAAUGGAGGUGAAAUGUCUUUUUAGUUUGCCUUUGGUUACAUGAUUGAAGGGCACUCAGAGUGAUAUGGAAACUGUAAUCCAGAUUUAACUUGAACUCCAAAGAGUCUGCAGUUACAAUAAAAAGCCUUUGAGAAUUCA